CUCGCUGGCUGGGGCUGGGGCUGGAGUCACAACUCGGAAGCCGGAGCCCGGACGGGCCCGGGUCGGAGAAGGGGGGGCUGCGCGGGGGCGGGAGCAGCGGAGGCAGCCGCCCCUGGCGGCGGGUUUGUUUAUCCCGGGGAAGAAGUUUAGGAGCGGGAGAUAGGGAAAGAAGGCGGGCCGGGGAGGAGGGAUGCGGCUCGGUGGAGGCGGCCGCCACAGGGACUCGCCGCCAUCACCUCCGCCGCCGCGGCCGCCGCAGCCGCCGCCUCAGCCGGAGAGAAGUCGCUGCCGGGACUGCCCGCCGCCGCCCCCCGCACGCCCGGGUGUUUAAAGCUAUACAUUUCCGUCUGAAUGCAUCCUUCAUUGUAUCCUAUAAAUCUUGUAAAGUAUUCAUCUGUGUGGGAUAUUGCAUAAAUCUUGGAAGACUGCAGUAAAGUGGCAAUGUCUCGGGAACCCAGCCCACCUCUCCCUGGAGAUAUGUCUACUGGUCCUAUAGCAGAAAGCUGGUGUUAUACACAGGUUAAAGUAGUAAAAUUUUCCUACAUGUGGACCAUUAAUAACUUCAGUUUUUGUCGAGAGGAAAUGGGUGAAGUGUUAAAAAGUUCAACAUUCUCAUCUAGCCCCAGUGACAAAAUGAAAUGGUGCCUGAGGGUAAAUCCAAAGGGAUUAGAUGAUGAAAGUAAAGACUACUUGUCCUUAUAUUUGCUUUUAGUCAGCUGCCCAAAAAGUGAAGUUCGAGCAAAAUUCAAAUUUUCCCUUCUAAACGCCAAAAGGGAAGAAACAAAAGCAAUGGAAAGCCAAAGAGCAUAUCGGUUUGUACAAGGGAAAGACUGGGGUUUUAAAAAAUUCAUUCGAAGAGAUUUUUUGCUUGAUGAAGCUAAUGGUCUUUUACCAGAUGACAAGCUUACAUUAUUUUGUGAGGUGAGUGUGGUCCAAGAUUCAGUAAAUAUAUCAGGACAUACUAAUACAAAUACUUUGAAGGUGCCUGAAUGUCGACUAGCAGAAGAUUUAGGUAAUCUCUGGGAAAAUACAAGAUUUACAGAUUGCAGUUUUUUUGUGAGAGGACAAGAAUUUAAAGCUCAUAAAUCUGUACUUGCAGCUCGAUCCCCAGUUUUUAAUGCAAUGUUUGAACAUGAAAUGGAAGAAAGCAAAAAGAAUCGAGUGGAAAUAAAUGAUGUAGACCCUGAGGUUUUUAAAGAAAUGAUGAGAUUCAUUUACACAGGGAAAGCACCAAACCUUGACAAAAUGGCUGACAACUUGUUGGCAGCUGCAGACAAAUACGCACUGGAACGGCUGAAGGUCAUGUGUGAAGAAGCUUUGUGUAGUAACCUCUCAGUAGAAAAUGUUGCUGAUACCCUUGUCCUUGCAGAUUUGCACAGUGCAGAACAGUUGAAAGCACAAGCCAUAGACUUUAUUAAUAGGUGCAGUGUACUUCGACAGCUUGGGUGUAAAGAUGGGAAAAACUGGAACAGCAACCAAGCAGCGGACAUAAUGGAAACAUCGGGGUGGAAGUCCAUGAUUCAGUCUCACCCUCAUUUAGUAGCAGAAGCCUUCCGAGCACUAGCAUCUGCACAGUGUCCACAGUUUGGCAUUCCACGCAAACGGCUAAAACAGUCCUGAAAUCUUCCAUGAACUGUAGAAAAAUGGAAUUGACUUUUACUCCUCCAGGUCCGGAAGGAUUCUAAUAUACAAACCAUAAGCAAGAGUUGUUUCUGUUGUCUUGUCCACAGAACAGAAGCUGAAAAAGCAUAUUGCUUGCAUUUCAGGUGGAUAAUUUAUGGUUUAUUCUUCAGCUUUAAAUUAGACUGAUUAUACUCUAAUUCACUUCAAGGCCUUAAAUUAUCUUCAGUGACUUCUCUUGUUCAUAUAAUACUUUAAUUUUUGUAUUGUGCCUUGUCAUUUUGACUAAGGCUAUGCAGGAUUGCACUAGGUCCAUAAUGCAGUAAUAUUGAUAACUGAAGAUAUUAAGUUUCAAAAGGAUCUUCCAUUAGUUUGAGAAAAAAGCAAAAUGAAUUUUAUAGGGUUUGUCCUGUGCUGUCUCAAAGUUUAAAACUAGGUUCUUCUUAAAAGCACUUGAAUUGGAGAUUACGGAUAAUGUCUCCAGUCUAAGUUCUAUACAUAUAGGAGAACCUGCUUACCUUCAAGGUAAGUUACGGCAAUACACUGCUUCAAUUCUAAUUUAUUUUUCAUUUCAGGGGGCAAAUAUGCAAUGAGUUGGCCCAAAUUUUUAGUAAAAUUUGUGAUGUUUGUCUAUGUGUUGACUGUCCAACAAACUAAGAAAAGCAUAACAAACUUUUGCUUGUGUUUUUUGUGGAUUUAUUAAAGUUUACAAUGAUUGAGAACUGAUUGAGGUUAAGAUUUCAAUAAAAAGAAAGCAUGUUUUAUGCUGAAUUAAUUUUUUUAAUUUAUAGUGACAUACAUUUAUAUGAAGAAUUCUGUCCAUGUUGAAAGUAAGGAUGACCAAAUGCAAAUUUAAGGAGUGGGCCAAUUAAGAAAGAUAUAAUGCACUUUUAAUGUGUAACUUUUGUAUGCUAAAUGGUACAUAUAUAUUUUUUUUGUUUUUGAGGGUAUUAAUAAGGUAUAAUUAAUUGUGUCUUAACUUUUGAAAGAAUUUUUUAAGACCAAUGGAGGCAAUUGGGAUGUUUGUGAUAAUAGAUAAGAAUGAUAGCCUUGAUUAUAGUUAAAUUGGUUUAAAUUUCAGAUAUUUAUUAUUGAAUUUAUUCCUGUCUUAUCACACUUUGGAGAAGGCAACUGAAUAAACAAAUCCUGGAUACUCUACUCUCCUCCUGAAAACAGUGAACUUAUAUUAUUUGCAGACUAAAGGAGAGAGCCCUUAGAAAUAUGUCAGGCCACACUCUGAACCUUUUUUCCCCCCUAGCUUUCUCCUUUCUGUUUCAGUUACUGUAAUAACAUUGUGGAUGAUACUGAAAUUCUGCAUAAUGUGAACAGGAUAAACUAUUUAUAAACUGCUUUUCAUGGGCCAGUUCUUUAUUAUAAAUGAAUUUAGCUUUAAACACAUACACAUGUUCAGUGUUUGGAUAGCUCUGUUCACAGUGGAGUCUGUUCUGGUGCAUUAUCCCAGAGAAGUAAGAGUGAUCAGUGGCAAGUCACUGUAUCUGAUUUUCUGUGAUAGUGACAGUAUGCUUCUUAGGCAAGAUUUAUACUUGACCACAAGGGAAAAAGUGUCACUGGAAAAAAAAAAAACA